ACGCGUCAGGUCAGACUUUCUCUCUCUCUCUCUCUCUCUCUCUCUCUCUCCUCCAAUUCCAAAUCUCCCCCCGGAUAUUUUCGCCAAGGAACUCAUCAAAGUUGAUUUAACCUUAAAAAACCGCAUUAAAAACCCCUCCCCCAGUUCCUUCAUUCUCUCUCGGAAAAAAUCAACACACCUACUACGCCUAUGGUAGAUUUAUAGCGGUAGUUACAUCUUCGUCCUCCUUGAAUAAAAAUCUUUCUAUUUUUCCCUAGAGAAAGCGCGGCCAGCCAUGGAUCGAGAGGGAGGAACCAACGGAUCCAGCUACUACUCCGUCCUCGGUAUCCGUCAGGACGCCUCCUUCUCCGACAUUCGCUCUGCGUAUCGCAAGCUCGCUCUGAAAUGGCACCCGGACAGGUGGACGAAGAAUCCGGCGGUGGCCGGAGAAGCCAACCACCGGUUCCAGAAGAUUCAAGAGGCCUACUCAGUGUUAUCUGACGAAAGCAAGAGAUCAAUGUACGACGCUGGGGUCCUCGAUCUAUUCGACGAAGACGAAGGAAUGGGUGAUUUCAUGCACGAUCUGAUGAAGAUGAUGGACAGUAACAAAGUCUCGGCCGAGCAGGAGAGUUUGGAGGAUCUGCAGAGGAGUUUCAUGGAGGCGUUCGGUGCAGAUCUUGCCAGCUACUACGGGAGUGAAGAUCCGACGGCCAAGAAGAGGACACGUGACAGUUCAUCUAGUACCAAGUCAACGAAGCGCUCUACUAGCUCCCGCUGUUAAUGGAUUGCGGAGUAGGGGAUUGCAUCUCCGCACCUCUUGUCUUAAAUUAAAUUAAAUUAAAUCUAAUCCCUCUCUUGUGUACAAUUUUGUGUAACGGGGUAGUUUAGGCAAGAUACGUAUCUGCCCUUUUCACAUUUCUCUAGUUUAACGUGGUGGUUGGUUUGGUGGCUAAAA